AUUCGUCAUUAACGUAUCUAAAUAGAGGAAGGAAAACAAUAGUUUAAUUGAUAAUCUAGCUAAUUCCUAGAAGUCAAAAUUAUUGAUAAAUUGGACGAAGCAGAACAAAGAUGAACGACCCGAAUUUAGCGACGGCUCUGUAUCCAGCUUCGUUUGUAGACCGCUAGAGGCGUGUUCGUUCGUAUUGUUAAAAUGGCGGGUGUGCUGUUCGAGGAUAUUUUCAACGUAAAAGACAUCGAUCCAGAGGGGAAGAAAUUCGACAGGGUGAGCCGACUGCAUUGCGAAUCCGAGUCCUUCAAGAUGGAUCUCAUCCUCGACAUCAACAGUUGGCUCUACCCCAUGGAAUUAGGUGACAAAUUUCGUCUGGUCUUGGCUACUACGCUGAGGGAAGAUGGCUAUCCGGACGGAGGUGACUGGAACGCCAUCGAACAGGAGGGUGGUUCCAGGGCUGACAGCUUUGAGUACGUGAUGUCGGGGAAGGUCUACAGAAUAGAGGGCGACGAAGCCAGUAACGAGCCAAGCAGCAGACUAUCCGCCUACGUCUCGUUCGGAGGGCUGCUUAUGAGGUUGCAGGGAGACGCCAACAAUCUUCAUGGCUUUGAGAUCGACCAGCACAUGUACCUUCUCAUGAAGAAACUGGCCUUCUGAAGAUCUGGAAUUCAGCCACUUAAAGGUCAACCUGAAAAUAAACGGUACAACCUGGAAGAUACGGAGAGGAGGAUAAGAAGAAGACACGCGAAUGAAACGUCCUGUAGUUUGUGGAUCGUUAGUCAUUGUAUGGAAGAUAUAAGACGUGUAGUUGUACAUGGAAGACCAUAGUCGUUUAUUAUAUUUAAAGUACAGUUAAAAAGUCGAAUUUAAAUAGAUUCGACGAGACAAUGGAAUUUCUUUUCUAACCGUAAACUUAUGGUUGAACUUUGAUCGAUCAUCUGUUCGAAAUUUUGUAUUUUCAUCUGUUUCCUUGUCAAAAGUGAAUGGUGCUUCCGCCAUUCAUCAUUCGAGCGAUCAUUGUAAUAAUGAAGUAUCAUUCCAAAGCCAAUUUUAUCCUAAGGGUAGUAUAGAACUCUCGAGACCAUUGUACACUGGCAUUCUUUUGUAUCGUUGUGAAAAAGUCAUAAACUCUGUAAUAAAGUAUUUUUACACGAUGUACAUUA